GGGCAGAGCAGCGCUGCUCCGCGCAAAAGAGCAGACGGAUGUCAUUUAUGGAAUAAAUACAUUGGGAUUUAUUAGAAUGACCUAAAGAGAGAUCAGGAGGAAAAGAGGAGGCCUGGUUAAGUCAAGAUGAGUUUGACAUCCUGGUUCUUGGUGAGUGGUGGGGGAACAAGGCACCGCCUUCCCCGGGAAAUGAUCUUCGUGGGACGGGACGACUGUGAGCUUAUGCUACAGUCUCGUAGUGUAGACAAGCAGCAUGCUGUCAUCAAUUAUGAAGUAGCUACGGAUGAACAUAAAGUUAAAGACCUGGGCAGCUUGAAUGGGACGUUUGUUAAUGAUGUACGUAUACAGGAACAUCAGUAUAUUACUUUGAAAAUGGGUGACAAGCUACGGUUUGGUUACGAUACCAACCUAUUCACUGCUGUGCGUGGAGAGUUACAUGUUCCAGAGGAAGCACUGAAGUUAAUUUGGUCAGAUUUCAUGAAUUUAAUUUUACUAUGCGUUCAUGCAGGCCGUAAGGAAACUGCAACAAAGCCUCAGGUAGGGCCAGGAUCUACAACGCCGAAUUUAGGGACCCAGGAACCAAGCUACUUUGAGAUCCCCUGUAAGGAGACUCCUCCAGUAGGGGGAGACACAGGCGAAAGCCUCCCUACUAGUUUAGAGGCAGUUGCCUCAGCUUCCACAAUCCCCGCGUCGGAGGGCGGAGCACAUGGACAUGCCUCCUUCACUAUAGAGUUUGACACAGUGGCUUCAGGGAAGGGCAAAGAGCGAAAUUCAAAGGGAUCUCAAGACCAUCAACAGCGGCCGAAAAGGGGGGCAGGGGAGGAGCUGAGUGCCUUGCAGGCUGCCAUGGUGGCAGCGGAGGUAAAGGUGGCAGACUGGCUGGCACAGAAUGAGCUGCCAUUAGCUCACUCUGAAUCUGUUGCUGAGGAUGAUGGAGACAGCGUGAAGAGUGAUGUGCCGGUUCAGCUGAGGAGUCUUAGAGGCAGUAAACAUGAGGAUGGCACACAGAGUGACUCAGAGAAUGCACUGGGAGAGCAGCUCAGUAGCCGGAGGGCGUUCCUGCAGGAGCGUUACCAAGGAAGGCAGGGCGUGCAGAGGACAGAAGGGCCUUUCUGUGGGAGGGAAGAUCUCUUCCAGCACAAACCAUCAUCUGCAGCUAAAAAGAUGGCACCAGUAAGGGGUGAAGUUGGCAAAAGAGCUCACCGUUCUUCGCCACAGAAAGACAACGUGCCCAGAGAGCAAAGCACUGUGUCUCAAGAGACACCAAAUAGGGGACAUAUAGAUGACCAAAGUGAUAGAGGGACCUACACCAUUGAGCUGGAAAAUGGCAGUGCUGAGGAGGAAGAGGCCAGGCGUAUGAUUGAUAAGGUUUUUGGGGUGGAGGAUAACCAAGCCCUGACUAAACUGCGUUUUCCAAAAGACCAGAGAGAUAGAGGAACCAUCUGUCCAAGAUCUGGGGCAAUGGAAACCAGACAAGCUGGUUAUGUCGGUGCAGAGGUGCUACCAGAUGACUUGGUUGUAGUAGGCGGUCCAAGGUGGGUCUCACAGUGGGCUAGUCUAGCUGCAAGCCAUAUACGGACCGAUCCUGAGGGAUCCGGGGCUGAACCCACCAUGCUUCCCUCAGAUGAAAAAGCUGAUAUCAGUGCAUCUGAACGUAAAAGAAGGACCCUCCCGCAGCUUCCCUCUGAAGAUUCUGCUAUGGAUCCACUGACUCCUGAGGGCACACGGAGCCAAUCCAGGCAGAAAGUCCCUUCAUCAGAGAAACAGGAUCUAGAAGUUCAGGAGAAAGUAGAUCAGCUCAAUAGAAUCUCUAAAACUGGGCAAAGAGUUUCAGGAAUGACUUCAGCUAGCACAGACGUAGACCGGUGCAAAGUGAACAAGCCAACUCCGCCCAGAAUCCAGAGUAAAGUCAGUCAACAAGGAGCUCAAGCUACACAGAUCGAGAAGAAACAAGAUGAUGGGAGACGAAAGAAAGUAGAUGAGGACCGAGAGAAGACAGACAAGCCGCUACUGAGGCAAGAGAGCUUUACAGUGGAGCAGCCGAGUGCAAAUGUCCCCCUAGAACUCAUACCUUGCAUCGAUGGGCCCAGUGCCCCAACCCAUCCCAGGGAAAUGGGAGUCAUCAAUGAGGGCAUUGAUGCUGCCACCAUGCUAAAAGACUCAGAGGCUGUGGCUGCUUUUCUGGAAACCACUUUAUCAGACCUUGCAGACCCACUGAGCUACUCCCUGGAGGGGUCUGUAUCACCUGAAUCUGACAUUGAUACGACAAGCACAGUCAGCCAAGCCGGAGGAGAAGGAGGGCGCAAGACAGCCCAAAGGAAAAGAUCAGCUGGAGGUUCAGGCCGUGAAACAACCAAUAAAAACACCAGUGCCACAGAAAGAAAAGGCAAAGCUCAACCCUCUAGUUCCAGGGCUUGGACGUCUCUCGACCUGACAGACGAUGACUUGAGCUCUUCUCUAAUCCAUGACGCUUCGGUGAAACGACCUCAGGGUUGGGGUCAAAAUACCAGCUCUAAGGCAGAGCCAACAAGUGGCAAAACCAAAGGAGCAAAGACGACUGUAGCUCCUGCACCCACCAGCUCUAAACCAACCACCCUUCCACGACCCAGACCCACACGGGCUUCUCUUCUUCGCCGUGCACGACUGGGCGAAGCUUCUGACACCGACAUCGCUGAUGUCGAUCGUAUGUCUGUUGCUUCAGAGGUCUCUACCGCCAGUUCUGCAUCGAGGCCUUCGGCUGGGCGCAGGACCCUCUCUCGAAUUGAAGCGCUUGCCCAGCCACGGAGGCCACGAGUGGGCUCUCCUUCAGCUCGGAGUGACUCAGAAGCUACAUCAGGCAAGAUCAGGGGCUUCGUCCCACGCCCUGCCCCAGAAAGCACACUGCGGCUUGGCCUCCGCUCUACAGCGGCCUCUUCCUCUGUUGCGGUCCCCAGAGCAAGAGCUAACAGCGCUUCCAAACUGCCCGAUAAGUGUCCUGGUACUCCAUAUGUUCAAAGUACACCUGCAGCUGGUGGAAGGUGGCGCCGGGUACCUAUCGAAUACGCUUCUACCUCAGAGGAUGAAUAUGGAUCCAACCGUCACCCCACUCAACACACUCGCCCGCGUCCAAUAGCUCCACGGGUGACGCAGCUAGGGGGUUCAGCCCCUGCAACACCCAGCCCUGGAGGCAUCUCCAUGUUACGACACCAGUCUAGCAGAGAACAGGAUGAUUACAUGAGAGAUUGGACCGCCCACAGUGAGGAGAUCGCCAGAAUCAGUCAAGACCUGGCUAAAGAUCUGGCCAUGUUAGCGCGUGAGAUUCAUGACGUUGCCGGAGAGAUUGACUCUGUUAGUCCUUCCUCUGCUCCCGCAGCUUCAGUUGAGGACCGUGUGUUUGAGGAUGUUCUGGGCAGCGCUCCAGAGAUCAGUGGCAGAGGUGUGGAACUAAGAUCUCGCGGUGCUGUGAGCAGUCAGGAUUCCCGCGCCAUCCGCCGCAGGACCUGGAGCAGAGAGGAGGGUGUGCUGGACAGUUUGCUGUUGGCAUCGGUCUCCCAGCUCUCAGCAAAAAUCAAACAGGCCCUGGAAAAGACAGCCAACAAAAUCAGGAUUUUAUUCAAAGACAAGGACCGAAAGUGGGAGGAGAUUGAAAGCAAACUGCAGGCAGAGAAUGAGGUGCCUCUCCUCAAGACCUCUAAUCAGGAGAUUUCCUCCAUACUCCAGAAUCUGAAGAGAGUGGAACGACAGCUGCUAGUGAUUGAUGUAAUGGUGGACCCUGAUAGCACACUGGAUGCUCUGAGCAGUCUGGGUCUGACCAGUCCACUUAUGGCUGAGAACAGAGUUAGUCCUGGCUCACAAGGACCAGCUGGCAACCAGACUGUGGAUGUAUCCGCCAGUACGGCAGCACUGCCCUCUGCCUAUUCAGAGGUCGCAGAACGAGAUCUUGGGCUGCAGGAAAGGAGCAAAGAGCAGCACACUGCCGAUCAAAGCUAAAUUACUCCUAACAGUUUACACUGAGAUCCUGCACUGGUUUCCAGAUGCCAGGUCAACGGGACUUUUAUGUGAAUAAUGUGAGGUAUGCUGUAAAACUUCCUAUAUGGCACUGCAUUUAAAAGUUUGCUUCAUAAAUUCUAUAUAUAUCCUUGAACGUAUUUUCAAUAAUUAAAGAAAAUAUUUUGAAAUAUCAAUCAACUGUAACACCCCAUAGCCAGAAUUACUGCACACAAGCAUUAAUUAUUGUGAGUGUCCGUCUUAAUAAUCGGCAGUACUGUAGAUGUGCCCAGGAAGAUGCUGACUGUUGAACAGGAAUAGCAGAUAUGAUUUACUCAAAACUGAGGUCAUGCUGUGUAUUGUCAAGUAUUGAGCCAAACUCCUUAUUCAAAGGGUUCAAAAUCAACACUCUCCAAGCAUUAAAUUGACCAGUUGGACGGCAACAAAAUAUGUGAUUUAAAUCAAACCAUGUACUAAAGAAAACAUGUCAGACAACUUUUACCUCAGUGGGGAAAUUUCCAUCUUAAGUUUAUCUAGGAUGCAUAGAGCUCUUGUUUUUUUUUAUGUGGAGACACAUAUGUGGAAUAUUUCUCACAUUAAUGCACCAAAACUAAUUUGAGAAGCAAAGUGACACAAUGACCUGUGCUGUCUGGCACAAAUAUGCAAUGAAUUCCCAUUGUCAAUA